CAAAAAGAGUGUUUUAUCCACCCUUUACACAACAAAUUCUUAUCUUCUUCCCCACCACACUUCAAUAUAAACACAAUCUCUGGUUUCAAGAAACAAACUACAACUCAAGUUAGUUUAAACUACAUUCAACAAUCAAGAUUCUCUUCAAAUGGCAAGUUUACAGCAAAUUCUUCCUGACCUCCUCACCAUUAGCAAUCAUCGCAUGGUAAUGUUUUUAAUCUUAUUCAUAACCACACUAUAUCUCGUGUACAGGAAUAAGAUUUCAAUAUACUUACUCGACUACACUUGCUAUAAGCCACCUGCAUUCUAUCGCCUACCCCUGUCCAUGUUCAUAGAGCACAUUUUGCUCCACGAACAAUUUGAUCAGAACAGUUUGGCAUUCCAAAUUAAGAUCCUGGAAAAAUUAGGUUUCAGUGAAGAAACCUGCAUUCCUCCAUUGUUAAGUCAACUUCCCAUAACAAAGUCUCUUUCAUUCAACAAAGAUGAAGCUACAAUAGUAAUCUUCAGGGUUAGGGAAUUAUUAGAGAAAACCAACAUAAACCCUAAAGCCAUAGAUAUAUUGAUCAUGAAUUCUAGUAUGUUUUCACCUACACCUUCACUCAGUGCAAUGGUUAUUAACAAGUUCCAAAUGAGGAGCAAUAUUAUGAGUCUCAAUCUUUCUGGUAUGGGAUGUAGCUCAGGAAUUAUAUCAGUAGGUUUAGCUAAUGAUCUUUUACGAGUUCAUAGAAACUCGUUGGCACUUGUUGUGAGCAGUGAAAUCUUGAGUCAGAAUUGGUAUACCGGGAAGGAUCGUUCAAUGUUGUUAACCAAUUGUCUAUUUAGAAUGGGGGGUGCUGCAAUUCUAAUGUCUAGUCGCGAUCAGGAUAGGAAGAAAUCAAAGUACGUGCUACACAACCUUAUAAGAACAAAUCGAGCAGAAGAUGAUCAAUCUUAUGCCUGUGUUUUCCAGGAAGUUGACAAUGAAAACAAAGUAGGAGUGUCCAUAUCGAAGAACGUGAUGAAUGUAGCAGAAGAAGCAUUAAAAACAAACAUGGUUUUGUUAGGUCCAAUGGUCUUGCCAUUGACAGAACAAUUUCAAUAUGGGUUGUCCUUAAUGUUGCAGAAAAUGAAGAUUUUAGGCAAGAAAGGAAUCUAUAUACCAGAUUUCAGAAAAGGGUUUGAGCAUUUCUGCAUACACGCAGGAGGAAGGGUUGUUAUUAUGGCGAUAGAGAAAAGCCUUAAAUUGAGGAAAGAAGAUGUUGAAGCCUCAAAAAUGACACUGCAUAGAUUUGGGAAUACUUCUUCCUCAUCUAUUUGGUAUGAACUAAGUUAUACAGAAGCCAAAGGGAGAAUAAGGAAAGGCGACAGAAUAUGGCAAAUUGCAUUUGGAAGUGGAUUCAAGUGUAACAGUGCAGUAUGGAGAUGUGUAUGCAACAUCAAGCCUCAGUAAACUAAUGCCUGGACUGAUACUAUCGACUUGUAUCCAGUCGACGUGGCUGAUACCUUGGAGAUGUAGUUUAAUAACAAGUAGCCAAGUCAACAUAUAUUUCAUGACUAUUCGUAGUGAUGAGACUCAUUUCAACCUUUUGCUGGGGAAUAUGUAAUAAUGACAAUGAAACAUAAACCCCAAUACGGGGAUCUGAGACUAUCCUAGAGAAGAGUAUCUUGGCUCUAGCAAAACAGUGUCGUAUAAGUUGGCAUUUCAAUACUGGAGAGUUUGAUUUCAG